UGCACUCACACUUCACACUUCAGUAGUUGAGAUCUCGCCACCUUGAUAGUUGUCGACGAGCUAAAUUUUCGAACUUCUGUGCUUAGCUUGAUUUGCUUUCGAACUCCGCCUACUUCUUCGGAGAAAAUGCCUUCCUUUGAGCAUGAGCUGGAGUUGGGAGUAUCAGCUGCUGCAAUGUGGGCAGCCAUGAAGGAUCAGAACACCAUCCUCCCCAAACUCAUGCCCGAGGCGAUUGCCAGCAUCGAGAAUGUCGAGGGCGAAGGUGGCCCAGGAUCUCUCCGCGUUGUCAAAUUCGGACCAAUGGUUCCGAACGGUGGAUCUGUGAAGGAGCGCAUGGUGAGCCUUGACAUCGAGGGCUGCUCGGUUGUGUCAGAGGAGGUCGAAGGAGGACACUUGACUCAAUUCGGAUUCACCAAGUGGAUGCAGACUUUGAAAUUGACGUCCACAGGGGAGAACACAUCGAAAUUGCACAUUUCUGCCGAAUUUGAGGGUGGAUCCGAGGAGAGCAUCGCCAUGUCCGGUGAGAUAACGAAGCAAGGACUCAACAACACCUUCAAGGCACUCGAGCAAUACGUGAAGACCAGCGCUUAAUUUCCUAAAGUCUCGAAAUCGCAUUCAGUCUAUCAACCAGCAGUAUGUAUCAUUUGUUGAAACAUACCACGGUGAUUAUCAUCAUGGGGCGAGACCUCCAUGGUUUGAAAAUGUGAGGUUUUCUUAUACUGGAGUCGGUAUGAAAUCAGCCUCGUAAGCAAACGAGGUAGUGUCCAGAUCGUCGUCUAAGCAUCUGUUUCUUUGAUCAUUUGAGAAGUGCAUAUAAAAUCGAUUUAGUUUUCGAAUUUGAGAGAGUCGGCUGCAGUCUAGGUGGUCAUUCUGUCCCUCGGAGGGUCCAAUCACCGAAGCUGGGAGCAACGUCACUCUCCUUAUGCUUCAUAGUAUGUAACAUAAUCUUUAAGAAAAAUCAUGACUGUUUAUG